AUGGGGAAUUUUGCAGCAAAUGAAGGGCUGUCUGUGUUUGUCAUCUUUGUCUGGUUUGGCAUCAACGUCUUCCUCUUCGUUCACUUCUACCUGGCUUUUCUCACUCCAAAAUGGUUCUACACCAGGGUCCUGCUCGGCCAUGCCUUGUCCUGGGCCAGAGCUCCUGCUGCGUGUCUGAACUUUAACUGUAUGUUGAUCCUGCUGCCAGUCUGCAGGAACCUGCUGUCCCUGCUGCGAGGAACCAUCCAGUGCUGCAGUCGAACCGCAGCGCGACAGUUGGAUCGCAACAUCACCUUCCAUAAACUGGUGGCUUAUAUGAUCGCCUUCCACACAGCGGUUCACAUCAUCGCUCACUUGUUUAACUUUGAGUUCUUCAUGAACGCCCAGUUGGACCAGAACCGGACUCUGCUCCCGUUCGUUCUCUCUGAGAUUGGAACCAACGACAGUCUGCCUUUCAUCAACCCCAUACGCAACAACCAGACGUCCCAGACAGUAGUCCUCUUCACCACAGUCGCAGGUCUCACAGGAGUCGCCAUCACUCUCGCUCUCAUCCUAAUCAUCACCUCGUCCACUGAGGUCAUCCGCAGGUCCUACUUCGAGGUCUUCUGGUUCACACAUCACCUCUUCAUCAUCUUCUUCAUCGGACUCGUCUUCCACGGAUUCCAACGGAUAGUUCGUGGUCAGACCGAUGUCAGUCUGAGGUCGGAUCCUCCAGAGAACUGCUCUGAACUCUUCCAGGACUGGGGCCAGAACGGGUCUCAAUGUGCGGUGCCCGAGUUUGCGGGAAACGCCCCAGUGCUUUACCUGGGUCUGGAUCUCAGUGGUGAUGCACCCGUCCCGGACCCUGGAGCUGCAAAUGCGGAGGAAGGGUUUCCGGAUGGAGGUGGGACAGUACGUGUUCGUCCAGUGUCCCGGCGUGUCCCGGCUGGAGUGGCACCCCUUCACCCUCACCUCAGCCCCAGAGAGGACCACUUCAGCGUCCACGUCCGCAUCGUGGGCGACUGGACCGAGGGGCUCUACAAGGCCUGCGGGGGGGACCACCAGGACAGCAGCAAGCCUGGAGCCUGCCCAACCAUUGAUGGUCCGUUCGGGACGGCCUCUGAGGACGUGUUCCAGUACCAGGUGGUGAUGCUGGUGGGAGCUGGGAUCGGGGUCACGCCCUUUGCCUCCAUCCUCAAGUCUGUGUGGUACAAGCACGUCCAGAAGAACCAGGAGACCUUCACCAAGAAGGUGAGAACCAGGUGUAGCAGGAGAGGGGACCAGGAGACAGACACCAAGAAGAUCUACUUCUACUGGCUUCGUGUCCGGACUGACUAUGAGGCCUACAACAUCUCGACGCGCUGGAGUAGGUACCGUACAGGGAGUGCAUCGAGGUUGACCAGGACCUCUGCCUAUCACCACUGCACGCUGCUCCACUCUGCCGACCGCUCCACCCUCCGCUCUGUGCUCUGCCCCUCUACCCCCGGUAUCCAUAGCAACGCCACCGCUAGCGUUGUCUCCUCGGUGACCAACCUGAUUGACCACGCCCCCUCACUGACAUGGGAGGGGCUAACACGGGCGCUGGUUCAACAGUACAACACAGAGUUUGGCCUCUCAUCUCCCCUCACUCUCCUGGAUCCUUCAGACCAGUCUCUGUUCCCAGGGAUAGACUGCAUGGCCUCCGAGCUCCGCAGCUGGGACUGGACUUUUGGCAAAACCCCAAAGUUCUCCGUGCGCACCGAGCUGUGUCUGUCAGAGCGCACAACAGCCAAGCUUCACCUGGAGCUUAAGAACGGGCUCAUCAGCAGCUGCGAGGUGUGUGUGAGCGAGGCCUGGCUCCCACACAGACUGGUGCAGGAGGUGUGCGACCUUCUGACCGGAGAACGCUUCUGUCCGCACGCCGCUGCAGCCGCACUGACGGAGCUGCAGAGGACUGAGCACAGAGAGACACAGAGCAGACUCAACGAACUGAUCCACGAGCUGAUCCGAGUCAUGAGCUAG